ACUCGCUGGCUCUCCGCGUUGCCAUGUGUGGCACUGCUUCGGGAAGCACACGCUUUAACACAUUUCCAACACCUCUCCUGCGUUUUAAAAUCCAUUUUUUUUUCGGGGUCGUGCGGUUUUGAGCCCCGGAUCUCUUGAAAGAUGACAGAUCAACUUGAGCAUAUCUUGUCUCAGCUGGUACAGCCCGACAAUGCGAUCAUACAACAGGCAACAGCACAACUGAAGCAAGCCUUUAAAGACCCGGCAGUAAUACCGGCACUGUGUGGGGUAAUGACCACCUCACAAGACGCCCAGAUCCGUCAGUUUGCUGCGGUCAUGGUGAGAAUGCGAGUUUUGAAGCGCUGGAGGAAGCUGGCACCCGACAUCAAAGAAAACCUCAAGGCCUUAGUCUUACAAGCCCUGCAACAGGAAACUGAACACAAGGUGCGUCACUCUCUGUCCCAGCUGGCAUCAGUGCUGGUGAAGCACGAGACCCCAGACCACUGGCCAGCGCUGCUCAACUUCCUGAACCAAUCAACCAAGAGCGCCAACCCACAGGAGAGACAGAUUGGGCUGCUGGUUCUCAGUAAGGUGAUGGAUUCGAACCCGGAGCCCUUCAAGCCUCACUACAAGCAGUUGCUGAAGCUGUUUGGCACCACCCUGGAGGAUCAUGGGAACACGAACGCCAUGUUCUACUCCAUCCAGACGCUGUCUGCCAUGGCAGCCUUCCUGGGGGCUGAGGAGCUGAACCUGACUAGAACACUGAUCCCGAAGCUGAUGGUUGCCAUUAAACAUCUGAUACAGGCAAACCAGGUCCAGGCCAGCGAGGCGAUGGAAGUGUUCGAUGAGCUGAUGGAGAACGAGAUGCCCAUCAUUGUGCCACACGUCUCGGAGGUCGUUCAGUUCUGUCUGGAGAUCGCUGCCAACACGACCCUUGAGGACAGCGUCCGAGUGAAAGCGCUCUCCUGCCUCAGCUUCCUCAUCAGACUCAAGGGAAAGGCCAUCCUGAAGCAGAAGCUGCUGCCCCCCAUCCUGCAGGUGCUGUUCCCUGUGAUGAGCGCAGCACCCCCCCAUGGAGAGGAGGACCCCGAGGACCUGGACCCCGAGCCAGACGAGAUAGAGGACGAGCUGGAGGCACACACCCCCAAACACUACGCAGCGCAGGUCAUUGACAUGCUGGCCCUUCAUCUGCCUGCUGAGAAGCUGUUUAAUCAACUGACCCCAAUGACGGAAGCUGCUCUGUGCAGUGAGAACCCGUACCAUCGCAAAGCCGGGCUCAUGUGCCUCGCCGUGCUGGCUGAGGGCUGUGCCGACCACAUCCGACAGAAACACUUGCCUGCAAUGCUGCAGGUGAUGUGCCGCUCGCUGGGGGACGAGAGCCAGGUGGUGAGGAACGCUGCUCUCUUUGCACUCGGGCAGUUCUCUGAACACCUACAGCCUGAUAUCAGUAAGUACUCAGAUGAGCUGAUGCCUCUGCUUUUAAACUACCUCUCUGGGAUCGACAGCAGGAGGGGCGGUCACGUGACCAAGGCUUACUACGCGCUGGAGAACUUUGUGGAAAACCUGGGUGAUAAGAUCGAGCCCUACCUGCCCACUCUGAUGGAGCGAAUGCUAACGUCUCUCACCUGCGCACAGAGCAUUCGAAUCAAGGAGCUGUCUGUCAGCGCCAUCGGAGCAAUAGCCAAUGCCGCGAAGGGAGCCCUGCUGCCGUACUUCCAGCCAGUGAUUGACAACCUCAAGGGCUAUCUGGUCAACACCCGAGAGGAAGUGAGGUCACUGCAGAUACAAUCGCUAGAGACUCUGGGUGUGUUGGCCCGCACUAUUGGGAAAGAUGUUUUUUCCCCGCUGGCUGACGAGUGUGUUCAACUGGGACUGAACCUGAGUAACACCGUGGACGAUCCAGACCUGAGGCGCUGCACGUACGGCCUCUUUGCCUCUCUCUCCACGGUCUCUCCUGCCUCCCUCAUUCCACACCUCCCCACCAUCACCACCCUCAUGAUGAUGUCACUCAAGUCCACCGAAGGGGUCACGGCUCACCUGACUGAGGAGAGCCAGCCCUUCCUCUUGCUGGAUGAUGACGAUGUAGAUGAUGAGAAUGAGGACAGUGUGAUCGAGGAUGUCCAUGGGGACCCCGAGGAGGAGAGAGACGUGGCCGGGUUCAGUGUGGAGAAUGCCUAUAUCGAUGAGAAGGAGGAUGCCUGCGAUGCUUUGGGAGAAAUUUCUUUUCACUCUGGCUCUGCCUUUCUGCCCUACAUUGAGUCCUGCUUCCAGGAGGUCUACAAGAUGCAUGACUUUCCCCAUGAGAAUGUGCGCAAAGCCGCCUACGAUGGCAUGGGCCAGUUCUGCAGAACUCUGCACAAGGUGUGGAAGGAGAACCCCACAGAGCUCAACAGAGAAGCCCUUCACAAGCUCCUCUCCAUGGUGUUCCCUGCCUAUCUCAAGUCAGUGAAGGAGGAGCGGGACAGGCAGGUGGUGAUGUCAGUGCUGGAGACCAUGAAUGAGAUGCUGAAGGACUGCGGGGUGGAGGCCAUCCGCACACCCGGCCGGCUCGACCAGAUCUGCAAGGCCAUCCGAGACAUCCUGCAGAAGAAGGCGGCCUGUCAGGAUGGAGAUGACUACGAUGAAGACGAGCAGCAGGCAGAAUUUGACUCGAUGCUGCAGGAGUAUGCUGGUGAGGGAAUUCCUCUGCUGGCUCUGGCCGCGGGGCCUCAGGAGUUUGCUCCGUACUUCGCUGGCUUCCUGCCACUGCUGCUUGUCAAGACUAAGUCCUCGUGCACGGUGGCCGAUCGCUCCUUCUCUAUCGGGACCAUCGCGGAGACGCUGCAGGCGCUGGGGGGCGUGGCCAUGGGCACAGGGGGCGUGGCAGAGUCAGCGGGCGUGGUCUCCCGCUUUGCCAGCAAGCUCCUCCCCGUCCUGAUGGGAGGAGUCCGGGACGAGGACGACGAGGUGCGCAGUAACAGCGUGUUCGCAGUGGGGGCGCUAGUGGAGGCAUCCGGAGAGGCACUCACACUUGAUUACCCAGCUCUCCUGGGCGUGUUCUCAAACCUCGUCUCUCGAGAGACCAACAAGCGUGUGCUGGACAACGUGUGCGCCGCCCUGUCACGCAUGACUGUCUGCAACCUGCCCUGUGUGCCCGUCGAACAGGUGUUCCCUGUGCUGCUGAGGCAUCUCCCUCUCAAGGAGGACCUGGAAGAAAACACCACCGUCUACAACUGCCUGGCCUUCGUCUACAGCAACAAGCAACCGCUGGUUAUUCAGCACUUGAGACAAGUCCUCAACAUAUUCAGCGAGGUUCUGGGGACCGAACAGAUCAAGACAGAUACCCAGAAUACCUUGCUCAUGGUGCUCCAAGACAUCGCGCAGCGCUACCCACAGGAGCUCCAGAGCAUUGUGAUGUCACUUCCUGCAGACCGGGCCGCCACCCUCACUGCGGCUCUGAGUGAAGACCUCUAGUGCCACACACAAGAUUCACCCAGAGCAGACUGACACCUGAUAGGACUUUGAGACUUUCCCCCUGCCCACGACACCUCUUCAGAGCACUCUGAUUGGCUGGGUGCCAACAGGAAAGAACAUUAUGCAUAUGUAUAUAUUCAAAUGGGUGGAGUUAUACCGGUGACACUGAUGGAAAGCCACGCCUCUUCUGCUCACUUGGGUGAGCCAAUAAAAACAACCCCAAAAAUAAAA